CACAAUUUUCAGUGGCCCCAACUGAACUCAGAGAAGCAAAUCCACUUUCCAGACGUGGUAGUGUGCCUUUCUCUCUCUCUGAGAUAGGUUUGUUUACCCUUGCCUAGUUACUCAGUCACUUACCUUCCCUGUAUAUUAACUACUGUAGUUAUAGUAUGACUAUCAGACUAGUAGGGUAGCUAGUAAUAGCCCAUCCAUCCAUCCAUCACCUUAGUUUCCUGAUUGUUCUGUUGACCCUUCCAGCAACACAGUAGGACAAAGGCUUCCAACCUGAUUCUUCGAUUGUGUGGUUAGAUAUCUGGCGGCUAUGCUAUCAUCAUCUGCAAAUAAUUGCCUGGCGUGGCAUGGCAUGGGCAUGGCAGUGUUGUAUUACUUACUUGUCAUGGGCUCAUCUGAUUGUCGGACGAGCAUGCACAGUACCGCCACCCAAUUUCUGUCCAACAGGCGAAUUACAUGCAGGGUUGUUAUGCGGGUUUCCGAAGUAGUUAGUAUCUAACUAGUAGAAACUCUUCAGAGCAACACCACUACUUGUAACUGAUGGCACCAAAAAUAAACCGACUGACU